AUGAAGUUGGCAUUCUUAGGUUGCUGGAUAUUGCUCCUGGCAUCAAUCUUAGCCGUUGAUUCUAAAUCGGACGGGUUGGAUGAAUGGCAUAUCCUCACAAAGCAAAAUUUCUCUUCUCAGAUCCGUCUCCACCCUCACAUCCUCCUCGUUGUAACUCUUCCAUGGUCGGGCGAGUCUCGGUCGUUCAUGAAAGACGUAGCUCGCUUGGUCACCGAUAGACCAGAAGAGUUCAGCUCUCUGAAAUUGAUGCUUAUACACAGAAACACGGAGAAGUUGUUAGUGGAAGCCAUUGGUUCUACCACAGACGCAGAGGAAACAACAGUUUUGUACUAUCACCAUUCUGUGUCAUACAAGUAUCGAGGAAGGCUUCGAGCACAAAAUGUAUUGUCUUCACUACGUCCUUACGUGUCGAUUGAACCCGAAGAACUUCCCUUCAAGUCCCUGACAACUCCGGAGGACUUGAAAGCGUUCCUUGAUUCAACUGACAAAGCUUUGGUUCUCUUCGAGUUCUGCGAAUGGAGCUCUAAAUUGCUGACCAAGCGGAAGAUGAAUGGAACUGAUCGCAGUGGUUUUGGUGUGCAAGGGGAUCCUAUUGGAUUGAACUUCAGUGUAGAGGCGAAUAGAUCACCAGCACACUUGGGGAAGAAUAACCAGAAGGGCAUGGAAACUGCAAAUAUGAAGUGUGGCGUUGAUUAUGGGCUUGGUGGAGUUCCUUGGCUUGGGGGCUUCAGUUCAGUAAAUGACAGCACUUCUUUGGAGAGGUCGGAGAAAAUGAGCCCUCAAGUUGCAUCAUUCUGUACACAUAAAGAGUAUCAGCUGUUUGACUCUUUCUUCUCGAAGUUCAUGACUGUUGCACGAGAGUUCUUCCUGCCUCCUGAAAGGCAUAAAUUUGGUCUGGUCUCAGAGAGAUCGAUGCUCUCAAAUCUUGGGGUUGAAGAUUCCGGUUCAUGGUUGGCAGUGCUUUACUUUUCUGGCUGCCCCAGUUGUUCAAAGAUUAUUAAAAAAGAGGAUGACCUCAAGAAUGCUUUACAAAUGGAUAAUUUGGUUGUUACACAGCUGGAAGGUGAUGGCAACACUUUGGAGCCUGCUUUUCCUGCUAACCAACCAUCAGUACUUCUAUUUGUGGAUAGAUCAUCUGAAUUGUCAGAGACUAGAAUAAAAUGUAAGGAAGCUCUUGAUGCUUUUCAAGAGCUGGCACUGCACUAUCUUGUUUCACAACAAUUUGAUGCGCAACAUGAAGACAAGUCUGAGAUGUCCAAGGUGGAGGAUUAUCAUGCAUUAAGGAGUAAAUCUGGACAUCCUAAGCUGAAAUUAUCUCAGGCAGCUCAGAUGAUCAAACUAAAAGACAAAAUGUCUAAUUUCAUGAUUGUAAAUGAGGGAAAACAGGUCACUUUGGAUAAGAUAUCUUUGGAUCUACAGGGCAGUUCCUUGAAGGAGAUCUUGGAUAUCGUACUUAAGCAAAAGAAGAAAGCUAAAUUAAGCUCACUUGCAAAGGAGUUAGGUUUCCAACUUUUAUCAGAUGAUAUGGACAUCAAGUUAGUGAAUACAUUGCCUGUACAGACAGAAGUUCAGUCUGAUCAACGUAUACAAGAGCUAUCUAAGGAAGCCACUAUUACAAGUAGUGUUGACUCAGACAAGGAUCAAUUUCCACAGGGGAAUAGCAUAUCUGCUGAAAUCUCUUUUCAAAAUGAUGAAGAGAAAACAGCAUCUGUUGAUACAAGUAAGCAGUUCUUAUCUGUAGAUAGUGAGAAAAAUCUUGCAGAUCAUAAACUUGAUACUGCUGAAGAUUUAAAGGUAGAAGAAGAAAUCUCUUCACAGGUAGAUAAGUCAGGGGAGCAACAGCUUCACUUUCAAGGUUUCAAGGGUUCUUUUUUCUUUUCUGACGGUAAUGAUCGAUUACUUCAUGCUCUGACUGGUGGGUCAAAAGUUCCAGCUUUGGUGAUAGUUGAUCCGAUUGCUGCGCAGCAUCAUGUAUUGUCAGAGGAGACAAAUCUCAGCUAUUCUUCACUGGCUGAUUUUCUUGCUGGGUUUGUUAAUGGAAGUCUUCUUCCAUAUCAACAGUCUGAAUCUGUUCUUCAUAGAUCUAGGGAGGCCACUCAACCACCAUUUGUUAAUCUGGAUUUUCAUCAGGUGGAUACUAUCCCUCAAGUGACAAGUCGUACUUUCUCUGAGCUGGUAAUUGGGUUUAAUCAAUCUGACACUGAUGCUUGGAAUAAGGAUGUCUUGGUCCUUUUUAGCAAUAGAUGGUGUGGGUUUUGCCAGAGAAUGGAAUUGGUUGUUCGUGAAGUAUACCGGUCUAUGAAGGAUUAUGUUAAGAUGCUGAAAAGUGGAUCAAAGAAUGAGAAAACAAUGUUUCACGAUGGUGACUUGAAGGAUGAAAUGCUGAAGCUUCCGUUUAUAUACUUGCUGGAUUGCACAUUGAAUGAUUGCAGUUUGAUACUGAAAUCAAUGAAUCAGAGGGAAGUUUAUCCUGCUCUGGUGCUCUUUCCAGCAGAAAAGAAGAAUGUUCUCCCUUAUGAAGGGGAUAUGGCGGUCACUGAAAUUUUCAAGUUUAUGGCUGAUCAUGGAAGUAACUCUCAUCAUCUUAUCAGUGAGAAGGGAAUCUUAUGGACUGUAGCUAAAAAGUGGGGAAGGAAUCAAAAUUUCUUUAAGGUCCAGUUAUCUGAUAUUCAUGAGGAAGGUCCUAUUGAAAAGGACACACUUCAUGAAGUACUAUUAACAACGACGCAUAAACAAGUCAUUAGAGACGAUCAGGCCAAGUCUCACACAUCACAAGGUUUCAAUGAAGCAGCCCUGCGUGUGGUGACCGGUUCCAUUUUAGUUGCUACUGAUAAACUUACUGUGCAUCCCUUUGAUAAAUCAGAGAUUCUUAUUGUCAAGGCAGAUCAAGUUUCUGGAUUUCAAGGUCUGAUUAUUAACAAGCAUAUCAGAUGGGAUGCUCUAAAUGAAUUGGAACAAGGGCUUGAGAUGUUAGCAGAGGCCCCUCUGUCCUUUGGAGGACCACUUAUAAAGGGUGGAAUGCCUCUUGUGGCAUUAACUCGAAGAUUUGUCAAGACCGAGUAUCCGGAAGUCCUACAGGGUGUUUUCUUUCUCGAUCAAUUAGCAACAAUUCAAAAAAUCAAAGAGCUCAAGUCAGGAAAUCAAUCUGUCAGUGACUACUGGUUUUUCUUCGGGUAUUCAAGUUGGGGAUGGAACCAACUCUUCGAUGAGAUUGCUGAAGGAGCUUGGAAUUUAAGUGAUGAUGGCCUGAAGCAUUUAGAUUGGCCAUUGGGUUGA